AACCGGGGAUCGAGUACGUUUUUUUACCUCAGUUUCAACCAGGCGUCGUUUGCCCGCGUGUGCGUUUUGCUGCCGAAUCAGUGUGUUGGAUACUUUACCCUGCUAUCUCAAAUGAAGAGAUCUGGGCGAAAGAAGAAGAUGACCGGGACCUUGCCGAGCGAGUUCGCGAGGUUCAGCAGAAACAGCAGGCAGUUGCGGAGGAUAUGGGCCGAUACCAAUGCCUCCUUGGAUGACAUCGCCAAGUGUGGCUACUUCGAUGAAACCCAGUUGCAGCAUCUGAGACUAAGCAUUGAGGAUGAGCACCUCAUUGCCGGUGCCGUAAGCUGCCCCAUUGCCUUGAUUGUGUUGGGUCAGAGUUGCUAUGCCAAGGCAUGCGUCAUCAAUGAGCUGUUUGGACAGACUGUGCUCCCAGUUACAUCACCUCUGAGCGACGAUGGACGCAUGUCAUGGAGAAUGGUUCGCUUCUGUUACGGCUUCCAAACCGAGAUCAGCUUGGCUCUACCUAACAGCUUUGAACUGGUGGAACACCUAGCAGCCUAUGACCAGCCCUGGCGAACAAUCCCCAGAGCAGAUCUAGAACUUGAGGGUGAGGCACGAAAUGAUCCAGCCCUAAAUAAUGCGGUACUAGAAAUUCGUAUGAAGCACGUACUGCUCAAAGACGAUGUACAAGUGGUCAUGACACCCUGUGAUGGCGAAAACAGUCUCUGCUUUGAGCAAAUCUACCUGCGAGCCACUGAAUCAACAACACCCAUCCUCAUCUAUGCCAUCGCUGAUGAAGUCCUCUCGGAAAAGGAAAUAGAUGAACUGCAGGCAUUGAAGAAGCUGGCACCCGACUCACCCAUAUUAUUUGUUCGUACCAAUGCUCCAGCGACUUCAGAGUUGACUGAGUCUGAGCAACAUGCCCGUAGCCUCAGAACAGAGUUUCAUAUCUCGUCUGGCUGCAAAGCGGAUGAUGAAGCGUCAACAGCAAUGUCACCCGCUUGCCAACAACUGUGCUCACUGGGGUUCCUGGAUCCCUGUUAUACAGAGAAGAGGAUAAACAGCAAACACCGAUGGACUUUUGGAGAGAAAGUUCGAUCAGAGUUGGUUCAGAACUUCGAACAAUUUUUGAGUAGCGCACAUCCAUUCGUGCGAAGCGUGCUACAAGCCUGUCUCGUUGAAGCAGCAAUGCGUCUCAACAUAAUACACCAGCGCUGCUUGAGGUCCUUCAUCUUGACAGCAUUUGACAUGACACGAGACAUGCUGAUCACGCCGAAGCGCUUGGCGUACGCGCGACAACAGGAGAAUGGCCUCUACCACAAUCUGAUGGAGGUGGCUAGCCACAAGCAGGAAGAGAUUCGACAGCUGAUCGUCGGGGCCGUCGAUGCGUUGCGUCCAGAAAUUCUGGAAAGAGCCGCAGCCUACGAGUUUACUGGCAUUGUGCUGGAAGAAGGGCAAGAACUGCAGCCCAACACAAGCACGUUGCAGAUGUGUACUGCGCACAUACAAGACCUCGUCUUAGGAAUGUUGAACUCUGCUGUUGCAGAAAAGCUCGUGGGCUCUAUUGACUGUCUUAGGGAAAGCUUUGUAGGAACUCUAGAACGAUGCUUAGCCAGCUUAGAAGGUGUCUGCAAAGAGGAAGGAUCCACGCAAGCCAGCAAUGCCUUGAAGCAAAUAUUGAAUGCUGCUUAUCAGGUUGAAGUUACAGUAAAAACAAGCUCAUCAAUUCUGUGGGUCCUUUGGGAAAAAAUGAAGCAGCUUGUGCAAACGUUGCCAGGAAGGACACCACCCCAGAUUGAUGCAGACUGGAAGCAGCGUGUAGCCUCUGAUAUGCUGGACUCCCUGAGUGAAUGGCGCUUGGCUCGUUGUAUCUCAACACAGUUCCGAGACCGCUUGAGGGCAUCCCAUGAGCAGUUUCAGGCAUCCCUCAGACACCUGGAAGCAGUUCACUCUGGUCGACUAGAACGAACAGAAGGCCAACGACUUAAGGUGAGAAAGCUUCACGCCCCACGAUUGGCUCGCUAUGCGCUGGAGAGCAUAUCUCUGUGCGAUGUGAUAGUCAGCGGCAUGCCUCAGCUGGGACGUGAACUGGGCCGAGGACAGUAUGGCGUCGUGUAUGCCAGCGAGGCCUGGGGUGGAAUUUCGCCCUGUGCGGUGAAAUCUGUGGUGCCACCCGAUGAUAAGCACUGGAAUGAUCUAGCCAUGGAGUUCUUUUAUACCAGGAGUGUUCCAGACCAUGACAGGAUAGUCCAGAUCCGGGGCUCAGUCAUUGACCACAACUAUGGAGGAGGCACCACACCAGCAGUGCUGCUCAUCAUGGAUAGACUACAAAGGGAUCUCUAUACAGCUCUGAGAAUGGGCUUGAAUUGGCCAUCACGGCUACAGGUUGCACUUGAUGUGGCUCAGGGUAUCCGGUACCUACACAGUCAAGGCCUUGUUCACAGAGACAUCAAAUUGAAGAACGUGUUGCUGGACAAGCAAGACAGGGCCAAGUUGACAGACCUUGGUUUCUGUAAACCAGAGGCAAUGAUGUCCGGAAGCAUAGUGGGGACACCAAUUCACAUGGCUCCUGAGCUCUUCUCUGGUCGCUACGACAACAGCGUGGACACCUAUGCGUUUGGCAUUCUCUUCUGGUACAUCUGUGCUGGUCAUGUGAAGCUACCCUACAUAUUUGAGCAAUGCCAGACAAAAGACCAGCUCUGGUCCUGCGUCAGAAAAGGAGCCCGUCCCGAACGCCUGCCCCACUUUGAUGAUGACUGUUGGAGUCUGAUGGAGAAGUGCUGGUCCAGUGACCCUCACAGGCGACCACUACUGGGAGAAGUGGAAACUACCCUCACUCACAUUAUCGAAGCGCAGAAAUGCAGUGGGAACUCUGAGCAGCAGGCCACCGUUGUUUCGGCACAAAUUCCUCAGAACACGUCGCCUGGCAGUCCCUUACCCAGGAGGACAAUGCCUCGCCUCAUUCAGAGACAAGAAAAAAAUGCAAUCACAGAUCCAGUGAUGAGAUCUAUGGAGUUGUUUACAGAAAUCUAUGGAAAGCACAUGUAUUGAAGUUUUUAGGCAUAGUUUAUUUAACAGUUGGUUUCAGUGAUCUUUCGUUGUCCUGCAUCUUCAUGCCGUUGAGUGUGACAGGGUAUGCUCAUACAUUACCCAAAGUGCAAUGUUACGGAACGUUUUAUAUUGUGUAAGCAAUAAGUGAGAGGACCAGAGAUGGAAACGUUGUCGGGGGCAUUUUGUACAUAAUUGUACAUGACAAACAUAGCUGUACAUAGUGUGUAAUAAAGCAGGUUUUCUACCAUGA